GAGCGCGAACGCUCGAAACGACGACGAAGUCGCAGUCUCAUCGAAGCCGCGGUGGCGCGCGGCUUGCGCUAGUUGAGCGUCUAUAAACGAAAGAAUACACGUGAACGUGGGACCACGUGGGUUCCGUGAUUGUUUCUGUGCGAGGGAACAACGAUAUGAACAAAAUUUUCAUAUUUCUAACGAUGAAAUUAAUCUCGAGUUUCGUGAUCGUCCAUUUAGGAAGGUGUUGUUGAGUUUCUUUUUGUUUUUCUUUUUUUGUUUUCUCUCUUUUUUUUUUUUGUUUUUUUGUUUUUAUUUUUUUUCUUUUCUUUUUUUUUUUUUUUUCUUUUUGUUACUGUCGUAACACUUUGAGGAGUAAGCUGACCAUUCGAAAAUAGUGGACAUCAGAACAACCGUCAACCUGGAGUCCACGUGCCAGAAACGACGGAAAUGUGAGGCCGACGGGAAGGAGGCGAAGGCCGAGCUAACGGCGCAACGCAGUAUGUUCCCUAGCGCACAAAUUAAGAUGAGAUUGCUGUCGCCAAGCAGUUCGCCGGCCACGUCGCCUACGAUGUCGAAUUCCUCGUCACCGACACCACCGACGCCGGUCACGCCGGUUUACAAUCAAAAGAUGACGGGUAUACCAUGUGUAGCGGCGGCUUCGAGGUACACGGCACCGGUACACAUUGACGUUGGUGGGACGAUAUAUACAUCUUCCCUCGAAACUCUAACCAAGUAUCCAGAAUCGAGACUGGCCAAAUUAUUCAAUGGUAGUAUACCCAUUGUUUUGGACUCGUUGAAACAACAUUAUUUUAUCGACAGGGAUGGUAGUAUGUUUCGGCACAUAUUAAACUUUAUGAGAAAUUCGCGACUCUUGAUACCUGACAACUUCGCCGAUUUGGAUUUAUUGCUCGAGGAAGCACGAUACUUCGACAUUGCACCGAUGUGCAAACAAUUGGAACAGAUAAAAAAGGAACGAAUAAAGAAUGGUACCGCGAGCUUAUCCUCGACUACUGGCUCGGCUUGUUCAACGGCUACCUCAACCGCCUCGGCAGCAUCGACUAUGACAACGACGACAUCAUCGUCGCCUAAACAAGGCACCGGAAGACAAAUUGGCAUGCGCGGGAAAGGCACGUCGAGUUGUUCGCUCGACUGUACAGGUUGCUCGAGUUGUUCGCCUUGCGACCAUGAGACCGAAAAAUUUCGUGGUAACGAGGGUAACCGCAGUUACGAAUGCGUUGCCCUACACGUCAAUCCUGAUCUCGGUGAAAGAAUUAUGUUAUCGGGCGGGCACACUCUUCUCGAUGAAGUCUUUCCCGAGGCCAUGCAAGCUGUGAUUAACGCGCGUUCUGGUAUUGCCUGGCAUCAACAGGACACCCGUCACGUCAUCAGGUUUCCAUUGAACGGCUUUUGCAAGCUCAACUCCGUUCAAGCUAUUACACGAUUGCUCAAUGCAGGAUUUCGUAUCGUUGCAAGUAGCGGUGGAGGUGGUGAAGGUCAACAAUUCUCAGAAUACCUCUUCGUCAGACAGUCCAUUAAUACCUGACGGAAAACGACGAUCAACAUUUAUCCAAUCAUUUUAUCGAUCUUAUUCGCGAUGUCGUCUCUAAUAUCGAAUAUUAAUCGAGUGAACGCAACGAUCGUGAUUCAAAUUAAUAUCUUCCUCGCCAAUUAUCUUACAAAGCUAAAUCUAUUUUUACGUGGCAAUAGAGAAAUCGAAUCGAUAUUCCGCGUUCGAUAUUAUAGUUCAUUAAAUAUCGAUAAAGAUCUUCGAGAUUUUAUGAUAUAAAGAGAAGCCGAACGUUUACAUGGGGUUGACAUAAAAGACAAAAAGAGGAAAGAGAAAGGAU